GUUGCUCGGCGGGUGUCCCGGAUUUUCUAAGCACGAUGAAGCCAAAGUGAAUUCGAAAGGGAAAGGGGCUUGCAACGAAUUCACUUCCAACCACCAUGACCUCUGUAAUACCGCGGCACACAUGGCGAGAAUUUCUCGGAAUUCGGUUUGAACAUCACAUCGCUGUGCAAGAACGCACGGCAUUGGAUACUACCCAAUCGUAUUCUGCUAUCAACUGUCCCCCCACUGAAGAAUUCAUCCGUCAAUCCGAUCCUGACUCAGCUAUCGUCGAACGCAUCCUCAGUUCUUUUCUCUCUUUCUUAGAACGUAGAGGCUGCCUAGAAGACCUGCUUCCUGUCCAUCUUGAUCGGUCACUUCAUAGGCUUCAGGGCCGUUUACCUGGACUUAACCUGGUUGACGAAUCCGUCGUCAUGCUGUUCCACGCCCAGCUGCUGAAUCUGGUUGACAUGGCUGUCGAAACCUUGACCAGCACCAAUGCUGAACAUUCGUAUGUGACCCUAGCGGCACCAUCCCUGAUAUUCUCGCAGCAGGGGGACAGUACCUGGGUGACUAGGAAUAGUCGAACGGGUGCGCAUACACAGACUACGGCAAUAGAAGGGAAGCGGCCUCGAGUCUUGUUUCGUCACGCAGCCGGUCUCCAGCUGGAACAUGAUUAUAUGCCCAAUGUUGAGCAAGCUGAUGGGAGAGCCAUGGCCAUUAAGGUACUGAAAGCCUUUGUGUAUCGACUUGCACAGAACAAACUUGUUCUUUAGAUGUGGCUUCACCUCGCAUCAUCCACGCCACCAUCACGCUUUGGAAAUUUUUUCAGCGGGAUAUCCGCUGUCAUUGUCGAAAAGGGUAUAUUUUUUCUAAUCCUCCAUAUCCUAGCGUUCAGUUGUUCCUUUAGUGUUACUCCAGCCAGAUCAUAAUGCUCUAUUGGUAUCUCCUCACUAUCACCUCUUUCGAGAUGACAAUCCCCCCACUUCAGCCGAAUACCCAUUCAUUACUGCCGAUCGGUACUGCGAAAAAGGCAU